GGCGCUGAGUUCCUGGCGACGCUGAUGGUGACGCUGAUCUCGCUCUCGGCGUACGAGGCCGCCCACGCGCCCUCCAGGUACACCAAGGACGCCCACUGGGAGGCCACCACGCCGCGCUUCACGCCCUCGGCCGCCGUGCCCGUCGUGGCCGCCCACACCGCUGCCGCCCUCUUCUGCGCUGAGUUCACCGGCAUUGGACUGAAUCCUGCUCGUUCCUUGGCCAUCGCAGCUGUCUCCGGUGCCUGGAGCUACCACUGGGUGUACUGGGUGGGACCCGCACUCGGGGGUCUCCUGGCAGCCUUCACCCACAGUACACAGGCAACAAGGACCCGGACGCCCUCCCGACGCCCUAUCACCCGCCUGUCCUUCCUCGGGAUUCUUCCAGGGCUUCGGAUAUCACGUCGACCCUGGCAUCACCUUGUUGAAUCUCCAACUUCCUUACAGAACCUCCAUCAGCACAAGUGUAUUCUGUAA